UCACAUGAUACAGGCAACAUUUUUCAAGAAAAUGUAGGUCUCUCCAUUUUCAAACAUCUGCUCUAAUACCUUAAUCUAUGGCAAGACAGAGUAUCCACCAGAAUGGACUUCCUCCAGUCUCUCCUCUCCAAAGAAGCUAACAGAAGUGUAGCCAUUGCAAAGCUGCAGUCAGAGCACAUUAACAGCCAACAGCACAUCAAGGACCUGGAGACGAGGCUAGAGGAAAUACAAGAUAAUCUUCUAGCCAAGUUGCAAGCUCUAGAUAUUAUUCAGGGGAAAAAUGCUGAUCUGCAACAAGAAAUCAUUUCAUUGAAAAGCUCACUUGGAAAUAUUGAAGGAACUGAGGCACCACACUGUCAAUUGCCCUCCGCGUCGCUCCAGUCCCAGCAUGCUGAUGAGUCUAAAGCAAGCAUCUCAUCCAAGUCUUCGGAGAAAGUACUGUAUUCAGCGUGCACGCCGUCUACUUCAGCGGAUGCUGUGGUACCUGGAAAACCAUUGUCUAGAAUAGUCAGAUUUCCUGCAGAAUCAUUUGUGACACCAGAGAAAACUUUAGCCACCGGCAGCUCUAGCUUUUUACUGUCAAAAGAACACAUUCCUGGCUCCAGCUAUUCCAGCCUUGACACUGAUAAGCUUGGGCAAGGUCAGGACUACAUCAAAGCUUUAUUUGCUGGCUCCAAGAAGACCAGCUUAGAACCAGUGGGGAAUGUAGGAAAGCAUCAUGCUCCAGAUGCAUACCUCCACUCCACAGCAUCAAGUGCUGUCGGAAAUCUUAAAAUUAUUGAAGUUCAUUCAGAUGGUCAUUAUGUGAAGAUCCUUAACAGUUCUCCUGAUAAAGAAGAGGGUAUUGGGGAUUAUACUCUCCAGCAGAACCUCAAUGGCCACCCAGUAGCGAUCUUCAGAUUCCCCCCUAAGAUCAGAAUGAAGGCUACUGCUGCAAUAACAGUGUGGGCUGCAUGUUCUAAAAUGCCUCAUAAACCUCCAGAUUAUCUCUGGAAGGAGCUUGAAAAGUUUAAAUCAGGUCCAGAAUGUACCACCAUCCUUUGCAAUCCUGGUGGGCAGGCUGUUGCUUGGUAUACACCAAUAAAUUGGAGCCAAAAGCAAACGGUGGAAGAAGAAUGUGAUGAAAGCAACCUUAAAAACACCAGAAAGCCGCUGGCUGGAGUACGCCAGCUAAGAGAGAGAUCAGAAACUAGAAUAUUCAACACACUGCAGACACUUGCCAGCCAAAGUCUUGCAGAGGGAAAGGAACCAGAUUUCAUUAUGAGAGAAGAAAAGAAACCACCUAUUCUGAAUCCAGUUCAGAGUUCUUGGUGCCAAAGUCCAAGUUCUCCCACACAUCCUCAUUAUUCUGUGCAAAGGCAGAGUGAGGGAAGACACUUGAAAAAUCUGCCCAAAAAAUCUGAUGCAGGCCCUGGCAUUCAGUACACAGAAGGCAUCCGUGCCAUAAAGUCAGCAACAGGAGGUGGUAGCAGCAAAAGUAGAGCAAGGCUGACGCGAUCAGCAGGGCCUAAUUUAGGCGGAGUGAUUUAUGUCGGUUCAGCUGCACCCAUCGGCUCUGCUUUACAGAAGUAUUUUGCUCAUUCGUCUUCCAACUUCAGUCUCCUGGCCCACCCUCCUUUUUACUCCCAUUAACUUUCUCCAGCAUCUCACAAAGUAUUCAUGAAUAGAACUGAAUUAUUUUCAAAGCACUCUACCACAGAAACAGUUGUGUGAUUCAUUGCUCCAGGAAGAAGAUGACUUGGAUAUUCAGAGCCACUCUAAACUUUAUGUUUGAUUUUUCCAAAACCUGUAUGUGUCUGAAGGUAGUUUUGCUACUUCCUAAUUAGUGGAUCUAUCAGUCACCUUGGUGCUGCCUGGUAAAACCCCUUCCACUGACAAUAUAUAAGACUGCAAUGCUGGACCCUGUAGUACCCCAUAGACUUCUGUAGGGGUCUAGCAACACAUGUGGGUUUAAGGUCAUAAAAUAUCACUCACAAAUAAAAGAAAUUCCAUGGAAAACCUGUGCUGCAGUCCUGCUCCGAGUGAUGCUGCUUCAACCCCAUGGCAAUCAAUGGCAUUUAAGCAGCCUGACUGUGAACAGGCUUGUAUCCUGGUCUUUAAGAAACUAUACUAGCACAAUUUCCAUCAGAAUGAAUGGGGUGGCACCCAGCUUUGUGAACAGCAGAGUUUCAAAGCCAGCCCCCGCCCCCACCAAAGGGAUCAAUACAUGUUUAGCUCAUGUCUUCAUUCACAACAUUAACACUACAUAACAACAAUGGUGGAUCUACAGGCACCAUGGGCAGCCUUGUCCAAUAUAUCAGUUCCCAAAAUGAUGCUGAAGUUCGGGCCUGCACAAUUUGUGACCCAUCAAAAUGAGUGCAACCCACUGACCAGCCCUGCAAGGUGCUUGAGGACCUUCCUGUUUUGCAGUCCCAGGCAGGCAGCAAAACAAAAAAAAAAUUACUGAGUUUCUUGUAAGUCAUCACACACAGAAGUGAGGUACAUUUGGCUUGUGAAUUGCCAGGCCGGCUUGCACUUGGUUUCAUGAGCUGGAAACAGACUUUUUUCUUCUUCAUAUAGUUAAAGUGGUGUGAUGGAUUCAUUGCUUCCCCCCACCCCCCACUAACAUAUCUGAUCCAGUAGAUUGUGUAGUGCUUAAAAACCUGCAAAUCUGUUGGACCAGAAAUGGUAGUGGGACCCCAAAAAUGAUUGUAUACAUGAUAAGCUAUGAAAACUGUUAUCCUCCUUCAGCAUCUCUUACAAAUGGUUUUCUGUCUCUCACCAUGGUAUGGAAAACAGCUCCUUGCAUUCUACAACAAUGAAGAUUCUGAUGCUCAGAUUCUGAUGCUCAAAUUUAUUUUAAUCAGCCCAGCACUGUCUCACCCUGACAUUGCAGUAGGCAACUGGGAAAGACAGAGAUACAGCAGUAGCUACAACCAACUCCUUGGUCAGCUGAUUGACCUGUUCAGUGCAAUUUUUAAUUACGUGAUCAUUUACUCUAUUUUUUCAUCAGACAUAAGGUCUUACUUUAUAAUUAAUGUCUGUAGUAGAAGCCAAUAUUAAAUCAGGAUAUUCUUGUCCAUAAUAAAUCAGUUUUGUCCAGUU